CCAAAAUAUUGUCUAAUAAACAGUAUUUUCGUUUCGUUAACACAGCAAAAUGGAAGGGUUGACCUAAAACUGCUGUCUGUUUCUCUUUUCUGACCUAAAGAUAUUAUAGUGUCUGAUUAAGGGAAACUGCGUGGGUUUGGAUUGGGAUUUAGGAUUUAAGAUUUGUGUUUUGUUUGGUGGCAGGUAUAUGUUAUUGGAGUUUUUUGAUGGGUUCAGCGUCUGGGUAAGACAUUCUAUUCAAUGUUAGUUUGCUCGAUGUUCCUGUAGAUUUGGCUGCCAUUUCAGACAAGUAGCUGCAUUUGCGGUCUGGCUGAAGGAAUUCAAGAGGGAUUUUUUUUUUUUUUUUUAAUGGGGGCUUCGGUUUGAGAGUGGUCUCCUAUUGCCUGCUGGGUGGGUUUCUGUCACUGCGCUGAAAGAACACACACUCUCUCUCUCUCUCCUUUUUUUUUUUCCUUCUUUUUUUUUUUUUUUUGGGGGGGGGGUGUUGGUUGGAGGUGUUGUAGAGCUUUCAGAGUGAUAUAUAAUAGGAUUUAAGUCUUGAAUAAGCUAACCUGCAUUGGGAGAUUGCGUUUUUGGAAGAUUUGUUUGCUUCCCUUCUGAAGCAAUGGCUUGCAUGAAACUGGGAUCCAAAAUUGAUGCCUUUCAAAGACAAGGGCAAGCCUGGUUCUGCACAACCGGGCUUCCCAGUGAUGUUGUUGUUGAAGUUGAGGAGAUGUCCUUCCAUCUUCACAAGUUUCCUUUGCUCUCUAGAAGUGGAGUUAUGGAAAGGUUGAUUGCAGAAGUGUCAGAAGGAGAUAAAAAAUGUGUCAUAUGUCUCCCUAAAAUUCCUGGCGGUGCUAAAACAUUUGAGCUCGUGGCCAAGUUCUGCUAUGGGGUGAAACUUGAACUUACAGCCUCAAAUGUUGUGUAUCUUCGUUGUGCUGCCGAGCAUCUUGAAAUGACUGAGGAAUACGGGGAGGGAAAUCUAAUCACACAGACUGAGACAUUUUUAAAUCAAGUUGUCCUUCGUAAUUGGAAAGACUCUCUAAAGGCACUGCAAACAUGUGAUGAUAUUCCCCGUGCUGAAGAACAUCAUGUUACCAAGAGGUGCAUUGAGUCGCUAACCACAAAGGCUUGUACUGAUCCAAAUCUCUUUGGGUGGCCAAUGAUGGAGCAUGGACCCAUGCAGAGCCCUGGCGGAAGUGUCAUGUGGAAUGGGAUAAGCACAGGAGCUAGACCAAAACAUUCAAGUUCAGAUUGGUGGUAUGAGGAUGUAUCGACUUUAAGUUUACCACUGUAUAAGAGGUUGAUUUCCACCAUGGAAUCUCACGGAAUCAGACUGGAGAUUCUUGCUGGAUCCAUUGCCCUCUAUGCUAAAAAGUACCUACCUGGGCUGAAUCGGCAUCAAGGUGCCAAUGAAUCUACCUCCCGUUUGAUGCCUGUGACUUCAGGGGCAGGGGCUCCGCCACAAGAGCAGAAGGUUUUACUGGAAGAGAUUGAUCAUUUACUUCCAGUGCAAAAGGGUCUAGUUCCAACCAAGUUUUUGUUUGGUCUUCUCCGGACAGCAUUGAUUCUAAAAUCAAACCCCUCUUGUUUGGCAAACUUGGAAAAGAGAAUCGGGAUGCAGCUUGAGCAAGCAACACUUGAAGAUCUUUUGAUGCCCAAUUUCUCUUAUUCCACGGAGACACUUUACAAUGUUGACUGUGUGCAGCGGAUUCUUGAGCACUUCCUUGCCAUGGACCAAAUUACAGGUGGAUCUUCUCCAUGUUCAGUUGAUGACAGGCAGUUGAUUGGAUCACCAUCAUUGACACCAAUCACAACGGUAGCCAAGCUGAUUGAUGGGUACCUUGUAGAGGUUGCCCCUGAUGUUAAUUUGAAGCUCCCCAAUUUUCAAGCUCUUGCUGCUGCUGUUCCUGAGUAUGCGAGGCCCUUAGAUGAUGGUCUUUACCGUGCAAUAGACAUUUAUCUGAAGUCACACCCAUGGUUGGCAGAGUCUGACAGAGAACAGCUCUGCAGGUUGAUUGAUUGCCAGAAGCUCUCCUUGGAAGCUUGUACUCAUGCUGCCCAGAAUGAGAGGCUUCCCCUAAGAAUAAUAGUCCAAGUUCUCUUCUUUGAGCAGCUUCAAUUAAGGACUUCCAUUGCUGGCUGCUUUCUGGUUUCUGAUAAUCUUGAUGGAUCAAGACAGUUGAGAAGUGGCCUUGCUGGGUCUACUGAGAGUGGCUGGGCAACAGCUGUCAGAGAGAAUCAAGUUUUGAAGGUGGGAAUGGUUAACAUGAGAAUGCGGGUUUCUGAGCUUGAGAAGGAGUGUUCAAGCAUGAGACAUGAGAUUGAGAAAUUGAGUGGCACCAAGGGUUCUAGCACUUGGGGAAAUGUGUCUAAAAAACUUGGAUUUAAGAUGAAGUCUCAGAUGUGUAGUGCUCAAGAAGGGUCUGUUAGCAACCAGAAUAACAGAAGUGCCAAGACUAACAAGGCUAAGGACAGGCAUGCAAAGCACAAGGAAAAUUCUUCUAGAGAUGGGUAAAAACAGUAGGACCCCCAUCUUACAUUUUCUCGAUUGCCUUGUUUCUUUUCCCAAAUCUUUAAUCGUAUUAAUUGUACUUUGGAUUGUGGCUUAGAAACUAAAAUUGCACAUCCUUGUUUGUGCAUCUCUCAUGUGCUUACCCUUCUGCGUCUUUCACUUUGUCUUAGAUUUGCUUUGUAAUGGAGACGGUCGCAGCAGUCCUUGUUGUUUCAGUAUCAUGUUCUCCCA